AUGACCCGCGCUCUCUGUCCCUCGCACGACUCGCGCCGGCUCCCGCUGAUGAUACGCGCGUCGACCGACUCGCGCCCGCACACCCCUGCUGACGACACGCGCCCUCUAUCCCACGCCCACGACUCCGUGUCUGCCGGCCCACAAGAGCUUUCUGCCCGAUGCGCGCCAACUCUCGUUGACGACAGUGCCCACCCACACGACGUGCGCGCGAGUCCGCCUCCACCCUACAUCAUCCCUCCUCGCCAGCUUCCUCCUUCCCUUGUGUGCCGUCCUCCUCCUCGAUCCCUCGUCCGCGAAUACCUUGUGUGCGCCCGACUGGCGCGCGCUCGGACGACACGCUUGCGGGUCCUCUACCUGGCUCCUGCGUCCCUUCUCGUGUGGUCCCUGCGUCGGCCAUCUCCCGCAUCCCUCGACCACGAGUCCCUGAUGCCCGCCCGAGUCGCGCUCCCUCAGACGACGCGCGCGCGAGUCUGCAUCCCACAUCUAGCUUCCUGUCUCAUCGUACGCCUCAUCGUCCGCGUGUGGUCCCUGUGCCGUCCCCUCCUCGAACCCGACUCCUCGACUCCAGAUCCCUGGUGCCUGCUCGAGUCGCGCUGCUUGCGUCUCCCACUGACGACACGCGGCCGCUGCAUCGCCCGACUCGCGGCUGCUCCCUCUGACGACCCGCGCAGCUCCCGGCUCGCGUCCGCUCCGCCUAAGUCGCGCCCGCUGCCUCUGACGACACGCCCGGCGCCCGACGUGCGUCUCCCUCUGACGACACACCUGGCUGCUGCCUCGCCCGAUUCACGCGCGCUCCCUCAGACGACACGCGCGUCGACCGACUCGCGCCCGCACACUCCCACUGACGACACGCUCCCCCUAUCCCUCGCCCGACUCGCGCCCUCUAUCCCGCGCCCACGAUUCCGUUCCACAGGAGGAUUGUGCCCGCCCAACGUGCGCCCGCUCCCUCAGACGACACGCGCGUCGACCGACUCGCGCCCGCACAUCUCACACGCCCACGGGGCGUGCCUCCUCGCAUCCUCCUCGUUGCCACGUCUGCCUGUCCACCCAAUCGUCCGCGCCUUGUCCUUCCGCCAAACUCCUUCUCGUUUCCGGGACAGCCCCGUGAUUCUGCAUGUGUCGCGUGAUCCGUCCACCGUCCGCCUCGUGCUGUCUCCCUCCUCCCCCAUCCGCGAUUCCUUAGUAACUGCCCUAUUCGUGCCUGCUCAGAGGAUGCGCGCGCGAGUCCAUGUCCAGCCUCCAUCGUCCCUCCUUGCCGGCCUCCUCGUCCGUAAUUGGUCCAUGCACCGUCCUCCUCGAUCCCUCGUCCCCGAGUUUCAUGUGCCUGCCCGACUCGCACCCGCACAGCACGUCAGAUAA